AACUCCAUUAUAAAACGCAUAUGCAAUAUCCACCGAUACCACCUCUCUCUGCCUUUAAUUUUGUUUUACUUUUCUUCUUUCUCCUCUUUUCGAUCUCUAUCUUCUUUCUUUCUAUUUGAAGGGCUAGCUUUCUCAGUAUUCACAUUGAAGCAGACAAAAUCUUCACGUUUUUCUACCCACAAAUCACAAGUCAGAAAGAAAGAAAUGGCCGGUGGUGGAGUUGGGCCUGGUCCCGGAAAUGGCAAAGAAUACCCCGGCAACCUUACUCUCUAUGUCACUGUUACCUGUAUUGUUGCUGCCAUGGGCGGCCUCAUUUUCGGUUACGACAUCGGAAUUUCCGGGGGCGUGACAUCAAUGGACACGUUCUUGGUGAAGUUUUUCCCGUCUGUUUAUAGGAAGAAGAAGAGCGAUUCAUCGACGAAUCAAUACUGCAAAUUCGACAGUCAAACGUUGACCAUGUUCACGUCGUCGCUGUACUUGGCCGCGCUCGUUUCUUCGCUGAUCGCGUCAACGGUGACCAGAAAACUUGGCCGGAGAUUGUCCAUGAUGGCCGGCGGUAUCCUCUUCUGCGCCGGAGCUCUCAUUAACGGCUUUGCUCAGAGUGUCGGCAUGUUGAUCAUCGGCCGUAUUCUGCUCGGUUUGGGUAUCGGAUUUGCUAAUCAGGCUGUGCCGUUAUACCUUUCAGAAAUGGCACCGUACAAGUACAGAGGAGCACUAAACAUUGGCUUUCAACUCUCCAUUACCAUCGGAAUUUUGGUUGCCAACGUGCUGAACUACUUCUUCGCAAAGCUCCACCAGGGCUGGCGGCUGAGCUUGGGUGGAGCAAUGGUCCCCGCCCUGAUCAUCACCGUCGGCUCUCUCCUCCUCCCGGAGACCCCGAACUCCAUGAUCGAGCGGGGAAAUAAGGAUGAAGCCAAGGAAAAGCUGAAGAGAAUUCGGGGGGUCGAAAACGUGGACGAAGAGUUCGAAGACUUGGUGGCGGCGAGUGACGCUUCCAGCCUUGUUGAGAAUCCAUGGAGGAACCUGUUGCAGAGGAAGUACAGGCCGCAGCUCACCAUGGCCAUCGUCAUCCCCUUUUUCCAGCAGCUCACCGGAAUCAAUGUCAUCAUGUUUUAUGCCCCUGUUUUGUUCACCACCAUUGGCUUUGGAGAUAAUGCAGCGCUCAUGUCGUCGGUCAUCACCGGCGGGGUUAACGUUUUUGCUACUUUGGUCUCUAUUUUUUAUGUCGAUAAGUUGGGAAGAAGGUUCUUGUUCCUGGAGGGUGGCUUCCAAAUGCUUAUCUGCCAGAUUGCUGUUGCAAUAUGUAUAGCAUUGAGGUUUGGAGUGAAUGGAGAUCCUGGAAGUCUACCCAAAUGGUACGCCAUAGUGGUGGUGAUAUUUAUAUGCACAUAUGUUGCAGGAUUUGCUUGGUCAUGGGGGCCUCUCGGCUGGCUGGUGCCUAGCGAGAUUUUCCCGCUCGAGAUCCGAUCGGCCGCUCAAAGUAUCACCGUCUCAGUUAACAUGAUUUUCACGUUUUUGGUGGCUCAAGUGUUCCUCAUAAUGUUGUGUCAUCUCAAGUUUGGUCUGUUCAUCUUCUUCGCCUUCUUUGUCGUCGUCAUGACUAUCUUUGUGUACUUCUUUAUUCCUGAGACGAAAAACAUUCCCAUUGAGGAGAUGGUGAGUGUGUGGAAGGAGCAUUGGUUCUGGUCUAGGUUUAUGACUGAGGUUGAUUGUCCAGCUACUAAAGGUGCCGUUGAGAUGGGAACUAGUGGUGAUGCUUAUAAAAGAGUGUGAAAUUACUAUUCAUGUAUGCAUGUACAAUAUAUCAAGUGAAGUUUUAUUCUUGUUUUCUUAGAGCAUCUCCAAUGCUAUAGUGUGCACGGUGCACAUGUGACAUGAAAGAUAACCACAUAAAUAUUAGCAAAUAAAUUAUCUCUCUCCUUAUUUGAAUGAUUUUAUACAAUUUUGGUAAAUUUUCCCCUGCAAUGUCAAUCAACAUCUAGACGGUCUUCUUGACAUUGUG